AAGUUUCUCUCGUUUCGUUCCCAUCUUUAUUUCUUUUUGUUUCUCUUUUCCUCUUCCACUCGUCUUCUCCAUUCUCUCCGGCUAGGCAUCUCCCUUCUCCGUUUUGUCUUCUCUCCGGCUAGGUUUUCUCUUCGGUUUUGUCUUCUCUCCGGCUAGCUGUUCUCUUCGGUUUUGUCUUCUCUCGUCUAAGAAAAACGACUACAGAUUUCUCUAAAAACCGCAACUUUUUGUGCUGGCGAAUGCCCUUUACUCCUGCAGGCUUCGGCGUUUAGCAGUAUCUAUUGGGAAAGGAUGUCACAAAAAUCAACUGAACAACUUUGUGUCGAUGACGUUGUUGAGAUUGAUGAAUUAAAAGGUGAGGGACCAUGGUCAAAUAAAAGUGAAACUUUGUUUGUAGACUUAAUGGAUGAAGAGGUUGCAAAAGGCAAUCGACCAACUACAACAUUUACAAAGACUAGUUGGAAUUAUAUGAGAAGCCAACUAAUUGCUAGUGCAGGAUAUAAUUAUUCUCACGAUCAAUUGAAAAAUAAGUUUAACAAAUUAAGACAAAUGUACAAAGACUUCAAAAAGAUAUUGAGUGAUAUGACAGGAAAUGGUUGGGAUCCAUUAUUAGGUACCAUCAAUCUUGAAGAGGAGCAAUGGAAUGAGCUUUUUAAGGUGAAUAAGAGAGCUAAAAAGUUUAGAAAAAGUGGUUGCCCACAUUAUGAAAAGCUCGUAAGGAUUUUUGGAGAUACUACUGCAACAGGUGUAAAUGCUUGCCCAUCAACAAGACUUAUUUCAGAUUCUGAAGAUGAAAAUGAAAAUGAUGUUGCAAGCAACACAAACGUUGGUGUUGAAGAGAAUAAUAAAGGAAAAAGCAAAAAACGAUUUCGAAGAAAGAAAGACGAAUUUGGCAGUUUCUUCUCAUCAUUCUUAGAUGUAUAUGCGGAGAAUGCAAAGAGAAAGAAUGACAUCCUUGAGAAAAGAUCUUUUGGUUGUACAUCUAGUCAAGUUGAUGAGAGUCAAACAUCAAACAAAAAAGAUGAUCUCCAUGAAGAGUUGAUGGAAUGUUUAGACAUUUUAAAUACAAUGGAGGAUGUUGAUGGAGAGGCUUAUUCCAAAAUACUGAAACUCUUGCACGGAGAUCUUGCUUGGAGAAAGCUAUUUUUGCGCAUGCCCGAUUCAAGGAAGAGAGAUUUCAUAAAUAGUCUUUAGAUGUCACUUAGGGAUGUUUUAGGAUUAUGUCAUUUACUUUUUAAUAUUAGACUUAAACAUGGAUUUUGUAUGUUUGACUUUGAAUUGAUAUGGACUUCAAUUGACUUUAUGGUUUGUGUUGUUUUUUAACAUGGCUACGUUUGAUGUAUUGAGAUGGAUUAUGUCAUAAAUAGUCUUUGAUUUGUAC